AUGAAUUUCCUUCCGUGUCCUGGCAUUAUCUUACUUCUGCUUCUGCUUUCCAGCCUUAUACUCCUAGUCGUCUACUUUAUUUACCUCACUCUUAUGUACCGCUACGAUGGGAGUCAGAGUGAGCCCCUUUUCACUGUCGGGUCCAAAGCUUUCUAUGACUGGGAUCUUGCAGCACUGAUUCCCAACGCAAAGCCCCUACUUCUUUACAAGCCGAUCGAAGAGCCACCAGAAUACUUCGAAGCUGCUGGAACAUCACCUCUACCUGCAUACUAUGACGUUCUCUACAACGAUCAACUGAUAAAGUCGUUUAGCAUUCUUGCAGCGAUUAAAUAA